AAAAAAAGAUUCUCUCGACCGUGGUGGAACUGCCCGUGUGCAGAAUCGCGACGUGCCGCGGAGCGAGCGAACGAGGGAGCGAGCACGAGCGCGUUCGCGAGAGUGGGAGACGCGAAGGUAUAAAACCGAUCUGGUGGACUGGUACCAGCCAGUCCAAAGGCCAGAUGCGGCGGCGGCUCUAGUCGCACGCGUGCGAGAGAGACGAUCACGGUGCUCGGCGUGCGGUAUUUCUUAUUAAUUUAACAGGCGCGUAUAGAUAUUAUACGCUCAUGCGACACUGAUCAGCAUUUUGUUGAUCAUUCCCUCGGUGGUGAUUCCGUGCAGGAUUUUCGCGAAAAGGUCGAAAGAGAAUUCGCGCGUCGUGCGUGUCUAAAGGGGGAUUAAAUUGACGAGACGACGAGGCACUGUCCUGCUCCGAAAGAAAGGACGGCGAGCUCCGACUCGAUUCUACCUGUCUUAAAGGGUACCCUGGGAUACACACGCGCUUUAGCAUCGACCUCUCCCUCUGAAUCAUCGAAAGGAGGGUUUCGAAUUAGAUAGUCACGCACGGAGCAUCCGAUUGCGAUUCAAUUUUUUUUUUUCGAGGGUGACCGAUAGUGGGUUUUUCUUGUGGAAUUUGUGGAUUAAUAUACAGGGAAAAGAGAUCACCAGCCGCCGCGACAAGGAGUGGUGAUCUCAUUAACACGAGGAAGACACAGGCUAAUAAUAAUCCGGAUAAUAAUCCAAUGAGGAUUCAGGAGACAUCAUCGAUUUUCGACAGCAAUCUGGAAGAGAGCGCUCUCGCGUCAGAGCGGUUUCGCGAAGGAUCGACACCCCGUAGCAUGUCGGCAAUUCGUAUCAACGUGGAGAAGGCUUCCAACGACGGUCGCGAGGAUUUCGUUAGAAACAUCGAAACGACGGUGGUAGCUGCUACCAGCCCGCUUUCCUGGCACAUCCCAAGGCCGUCUUUGGUCGGGCGCAGCGAGAGGGACAGCGAAAAUGGAAGCUGGGCUCAUCACUUACAUCCGAACUCCCCCUCGAGAGGGUCGACGUCAUCUCAAGGAUCAACAGCCAGCACACACAGCGCCGCGUCUGGAACGUUGCUACUCACAGCCGCAAAUCUGGCAAAUCUCGCCGCCAUACAUCCGCCCACGGUGACAGCACCAAAACAGAUUGACACCGCCUCGGUGGCCAGCAGCACUCUUACGGUCGUGAAUGGUCUCGGCAGACCGACCAUCGUUUACAGGAAGUCCUGGUGCGCGCGAAACCAACUCACCGUGCUCGUGUGCACCAUGAGCUUUCUAUUCAUGGUCGGUCUGCUUGCGGGGAUUCUUUACAUGGAAAUGAGGGCUCGCGACAAGUACAACUAGGCCGAGGGUGACGAGAGGAAGAAGCAACGAAGACGAUACGUGACCGUGAAUGAUGAUCAUCUUGAUAGAAAAAGGCAGCAAAGAAACAGAGCUGGCGAAGAACGCGAUGGAGAGAAUGAAAUCGAGAAUAUCGUUUUCAAAGAACCGAGAAAGAGAAUGCGCGCUUGAUCAGUUCACGAUAUUAAUUUCAAUUACUCGUAUUUAUAUGUAUAUUUUCGCUGUAUUAGACCUUCCUCAGUUCUCAACCGAUUUAUCGUUCAUUGUAAAUCGCGUCGGUAUCUAUCGAGAGCUGAAGAAGAGAGAUCCCUUUUCGCGUCUGUGAUAUUGUAUGCGUAUUGAUUAAUCGUCGAUUCAACAAGAAACUGUCAAAUAUAUGUACUUUUCAAAAUA